GUUCGGAUCCUCCCCCAAGGUGGAGGAAAUCAUCAUCAUCAUCAUCAUCAUCAUCAUCAUCACCACCAUGUCCUCCCAACACCGCAUGACAACAUUACUCCAUCUGCAUUUAUCACACUUCAGAGUCUCGUGCUUUGCCCAGCGUGGCCGAUGAACAGUAUGACCUGAGGCAGCAGUAGAGGUUCACGAACUGACGCUGACUGUGAGCUCCCUCAUGAGCUGUACUGGAAUGUGACAAGUACAUAUCCUCAAGUACUCUCCUCAGGUAUGAUUACAUGAAAGAUUCCAGUUACUUAUAUGAAUAUAACAGAUUAAAAAAAUGAUGACGUAUAACUUUGGACAGAGCCUCACAGCAGCACAGACUCGUGUUUCAUGUGGGCGCACAACAGUUCACGUGAUUCAUAUGGAAAAACUGUAAACAUUAAAGGAGUGAUUUGUAAGAAAUGAGUGGAAUUCAAAAGUAGCUCCAAAACUAUAGGGGGCAGCAUAACUACGUACUGCUGCUAUAUCUGCAUUUUUGUAGUAUUAUCAAGAAGUGGCAUUAUUAUCUCUGUGGCAGUCAGCUAGACGAUCUUCACAGGGUAAAUUGAAACUAAAUCGCAAGACAUAAAAAAAACAAAACAACUAAUGUUAGGCUACAAGCAGACAACAUUUUGGUCGUAUAACUCAAACAGAUGAGCCCGGGUUCAUACUUUUAGUGACCAGGAUUAGAUGUAACUAAUUAGAUGUAGGUUCUAAGCUCAAAGGUUGUUGUUUCUUGUUACGAUGACCGGCAACGUGGCUCAGCUGCCUUCCAGUGAACACGGCUGGACACCAGAACGAGACUGACGGAAGUGCGUUUGAAGGACACGAGGUACAGUAACGACAUGAUUCACACUGAGUCGGACCAGGACCUUUUUUUUUUUGACUCAUCGUCUCUCCUUCAUGUUGUCGUCUUCUAAACGCCGCACUUCACGAACAAAGAACACAGCGUGACACAGAAAGGACUCGUCUUGAUUUUACAAAAGAUUUAUUCUGAUCGCCAGAAUAAUACAUGUGCAUUCAGACUCACUGAAAGAGAAACGAGCCAAGAAUAAAGUUUCCAAAGAGUUAGAGUAGUUAUGGGUGGUUAUCUGUACUGGACAUGUGGUUUGCUGUUACUACAGUUCAAACAGAUUCAUGAUAGAAUGCCCCCAUGUUCCUUUAUGCUUACAUGAACAAGUUCUCUCAACGGUCAUACUGGAAACAAACAAAAUCUGCUGUGAACAGCAGAAUGGGAAAUGAUUCUGUGUGUGUCUGUACAGCUCCUAUGCCGAUUUGUAAACCUUAUACAUCAUCCACGCCUGCACAGACACUCUCCAAAUGCUUCCAGAGACAUCGACACGUAUGCACAAACGAAGUCUCUGUGGAACUUCACUGCUUUAAAUGUCAGCAAGUGCACUUAAAAUAAAGUAGCAUGGUUUCAUUAUGAUGUUCUAUGUUUUUGUCUGCUUCAGCAGUGCUGAUUCAUAAUGACUCCUGGUACUGGUACUGGUCUUCCUGUGAAGGUCAUGAGUGAUGUGUUCCAGUAAAAAUAUUCAUCGUCCAUCUGACAAAAGGUUCACUUUACAUCUCCGCGACUUCUUUGUGUCGUUUGACAGAUACAUUUGCCUUCCUGUCUCACUGUCGUAUUUCAGGAUGCGCUGGUGUGACUUGAUACCACUACCACCACCUGCAUUUACCACAGGUGGAGGUGAGGUGAGCGCUGCCUAGUUUUCCAGUUGUAGCUCUUGUCACGCAUCGAUGAGGUGAGCUUUUGUCCGACCAGGCCACAGCAUCCUGUGGUUCAUUGCUGCUGCUGCAUUUUAUCACAAGUGUCGCCAAGCUUCUCUCUUUGACUAAUAAUAGUUCCAACUAAAACAAGAAGUAAAGUCAAAUACACAUGCAAAAAAUUGUUUAAGUAUGUUCCUUGUUCUCAAAAUAAAGAAGUUUUCUUCCUGCAGAAAAAAGAAAAGGGUAUUGACACCCUGGUAGUGAUGCUGCACUUGGAUGUUGAGUCUUUAUUCAAAGCGAUUUGUUUUAAAUGAAGCUUAAAUGAGAACUCACUGGUGUAACUCUUAAACAUGCACAGGUAUUGGGGCCCCUCUGAUAGGAGAGAUAAACCCCAACAUCUUUAGGGAUUAGUGCCGUCUUGAUAUCACACGAAAAGCAGAAGUCACAUGCUUCUGAGAAUACCACAAACCACAAGCACUUUUUUUCUUUUAAAAAAAAGGCACGCAGUUCUCGGGGUGUUAUUUCUUCAGUCUGCAGCCAGCGAGGCACCACGAAGCUCAACAUGCAAUGCCACUUCAAUGGGACUCUGCUGAUCAGUGUGCUCCCUCCACUGCUGGUGACAGAGUUUGUUUUGGGAAUCCUUGGAAAUGGUUUGGCUCUUUGGAUCUUCUCCUUCCACAUGAAGCCAUGGAAGAGCAGCACGGUGUUACUCUUCAACCUGGCAGUGGCUGACUUUCUGCUCAACAUGGCUCUGCCUUUCCGUGCCAGCUACUACAUCUCUGAGCUCAACUGGAAAUUUGGAAGCGCCUUCUGCAACAUCUGCCUCUUCAUGUUGGCAAUGAACCGCAGUGGAAGUACCAUCUUCUUGAUGGCUAUUGCUGUGGACAGGUACAUGCGUGUGGUGCAUCCCCAUCAUCCCAUCAACUCUCUGAGUGUCCCCAAAGCCAUGUGUGGAUCACUUGUGCUGUGGAUGCUCAGCAUCUCAAUGUCAGCUCACGUCUUCACUUUGAAACACAACAAAACCUACUGCGAGAGCUUCAUGGUUGAGACUCAACCCCAACUUAACCUGAGCUGGCAUAAGUUUGCGUUUCUCUUCUCCUUCUUUAUUCCUCUGGUUGUGAUCAUCUACUGCACCGUCCACAUUAUUGUCCACCUGAGAAGGAGACAGUUGGCCCAGCAGGCGAAGAUUAAGAAGGCUCUGUGCUUCAUCACAGUCGUGGCGGUGCUCUUCAUCAUUUGCUUCUUCCCAAGCAACUUCAUGCAGCUGCUGAUCUGGGCCAGGACCCAGCGACUAGCCAACAGCCUCCCCGCAUCCGAAGUCUGCUCUGCCCUGGAAAACCCAACCAGCCUGUUUUACAUCACCAUCAGCCUGACCUAUCUCAACAGCGCGUUGGAUCCUGUGGUCUACUACUUCUCCAGUCCUACCUUCAAGAACUUCUGCAGGAAAGCUCUUCAUCUGUCAGCAGAAAUUUCUGAGAGCACAGAGAAGAGAAUCCGAGAAACAGGCUCGCAGUCGCUCAGCCAGCUGUGAUCACACAGCGAAGUAAAGGAAGGGAGCCAACAGCCGUCGCCUCAAACUGUCAUGCAAGUGCAACAACCAACAUGAAGCUAUUUUACUUAUCUCAUCUAUAGACAUUAUCCAAUAUAUAUUUACUGCAUAUUUUUAGAGAUUAACUGUACUUAUAAGUUGUUUUCAUCUUUGUGCAAUGACUGCACAGUUCUCAGUAUUUCUUUUUGCAAAACACUUUGCAUUUCAAAGUUUAAAAAAAAAAAAAAUGCUUCUGUUGCUGCCAAAGAUCAACUCUUGAUUGUUUUCAUGCUUAUGACCUCAUAUGAAUAUAAAUACAAACUUAUUUUUUCCAUCCUGUGUUGAUUCAAUGUCUCUGCCGCUGUUACAAGUAAUAAAGAUAUUUAUCCUUACUACA